AAAAAAGUUAUCAGUUGACUUUCAUCCAUUGCCCCAUUAUUUUCUCAAUUAACACUUUUGACGAUCCCUUUUUUCACAAUUAUUGCACACCAACCAUGGCAUCCAUCCCAAUCCCUCGUUAUUACCGAACUCCGAUUUACAUUCCUUCGAAAAAUGACGGCUGCAUGCUUGAAGUCUGUCUGUCCAUCCCAACAACAAUUUCUUCCCAACCCCGAAUCUACACAGGAGUCGUUAUCGCUCAUCCAUAUGGUCCCCUUGGUGGUUCAUACCACAAUAAUGUGGUUGGUAAUCUGUUGCAGUGGUUCGAAACCUAUCAGCUCCAAGCUGCAAUAGAUGACAGCAAUGAUAGCGGCAUUACAGCGACUAUGUCCUCUAGCAGUGCAUCGCUAGAGACAGGAGCUACGCCCGCAGGCAAGAAGAGCUCAAAAAAGAAGCAUUCUGUCCCACUGUCCUGUGUAAUUUGCGCUUUCAACUUUCGAGGGUGCGGCCGAUCCAAGGGUAGGACAUCAUGGUUUGGAGGGGCAGAACGCGACGACUAUCAGACUAUCGUUGAUUUUCUACAGAGUGGCUCUCACUCCAGAGCAAGUCCCCAUUUAGGCCACCAAGAUUCUGAUAUUGGUUGGUCUGGCAAGGUCUAUGAUGACACUGGCCGCCAGAUUGAUUCACCACGAUUACCAUUUUUCUCGCGGUUUAUACUUUGUGGUUAUUCAUAUGGCGGGAUGGUCGCGUCGACAAUUCCGCCCCCUCUCAGAAAUCCAGCUGAUCCAAGCUUGGGACAUUUGCCCACCACAUACAUCCUUGUCAGCUAUCCUGCCGGUGUAUCUUGGUUUCUGACCUGUGGUGCACAUCGUUCCUUCGCAAAACGCGCUCGAGAGAUUCUUUUUCAAGGAGAUCCAAAGCAAGAGACGGCCAUGAUGGAAAAUGGAGAAAGAGAUAAUGAAAGUAGAAGUGAAAGUGGGCGAGACAGGAAAAACUCAACAAUAAAAGCUUAUUUCAUUACAGGAGGGCAAGAUCAGUUCACGAGCCCAAACACCCUUCUAACCUGGCUCAAGACGAAUACAGGAUUAAGUCCGCCACCAGUACCAACACCCAGACAAGCCAAGGGGGAUGGCUCGAACAUUCCUUUGACUUUAAGACGACCAGAUGGGGCCAUUCAUCUGGAUGUGCUUGAGGAUGUAGACCACUUUUGGUUAGACCGUGAGCAAGAGUUGUUGGAUAAGCUACAGCGCUGGUGGACCGAAACGCAUGUGUAAAAAAAGCCAGUGGAUCACAAAUAGACAGCCCAUCAGUCUCUCAAUGGAGUGUAUUUAUAUGUAUUCUGUAUUCAUUUUUUGCAUGAAUUUAGACUAUGGUGUCUUAAAGCCCAGUACAGUCUGCCUUCAAGAAGUGGGCCAUUUUGACCCACUUGCUAAUGGAAUUUGGC